GAUCACAGGCGUGGUCUUGCCAGUGCUGUGGGCCAACGAUUGUCAAGAUCAUGUUUUCAUUUUUCGCUAACUAGCAUGCUACUUUCGUUUUUUUUUUAAUUUUUUGUUUUCUUGUGGCCUAGUUUUAAAAUGCCUUCCCUGAAAAACUUUGCGAUAACUUACGAUGACUUACACAAUUAUGGGAUCUUUUCGGAGGGCGAUACAGUAACGGGAAAGGUUACACUGGAACUAGAAAAACAAACCAAGAUCGAAAGCCUCUCCGUAAAACUUAAAGGCGAUGUUAAAGUUCAUUGGACUGAACAGCAUGGGGAAGACUCUCAUACCUACAGCGCGAACAGAAGAUUGUUUAAGGAGAAGCAUUUUCUCAUCACUCAAGAGACUAAAGACACCAGACUUCCCGCAGGGGUUCAUAUUUUCAAAUUCAGCAUCGGUAUACCAUUAGGAAACAUGCCAUCAUCCUUUCGAGGUGGUUCUGGAAAGGUUGUUUACAAACUUGAAGCGAGGUUGUGUAGAAGCUGGAGGUUUGACCGUACAGAUGAAAAAGAGAUUUGUUUCCGGACAAAGGCAUUUCCUAAUAUUAAUCGAAUGAAUUUCCAACAAGUAGGCUCAACAAAUAAGGAAGUUGGUAUUUUCAAUAAAGGAACUGUGCAGAUGGAUGUUACAGUCGACAGGAGAGGUUAUGUCCCAGGUGAUUCUGUGUUGAUAAAUGCAAAGAUCAACAAUUCCUCAUCCAAAGAUGCAACACCCAAAUUCAGCUUCAUUCAAGAUGUGGAGUAUCGAGUAAAGGGAAAUACUAAACAUGACAAAUUAGUAAUUUGCAGAGAAUACCGAGAGUGUGUUAAACCCCAAACUCUUAAGGAACACACAUUUUCAUUGACGAUUCCUCCCGAUACACCCCUGUCCAUUCAAAACUGUGACAUACUUUCAGUGGAGUACCGCAUUAAGGCAUCCCUGGACAUCAGUUUUUCCUUUAACCCAGAGAUUGUGUUUCCAGUAGUCCUUUUCUGGGAUAGUCCUCAUACUGCAGGUGGCGCUAUUGGAGGCCCGAGCACCAGUGACUUCCCUGCUCCAGUAUCUUUUGUUAGUCCUUAUUCUUCAGCUACAUCAGCCACUUCUCAAUACCCAGCUAGUGCUGCAAUGUACGCUGGAGCUCCAAGCAUGUGUUCUGUGCCUGAGCAGAUAAACGCAUAUGGAUAUCCAUUUUCUUCAUCAUCAUCAGCCUCUGUUCUUCACCCUCCUCCUCCAGCAACACUUCUUCAUCCACCUUCCUCUGGCCAGGCACAUUCUCAAUUCUCUUCAACGCCACCAACUUACAAUACACUGGAAGUAGAAAAUGAUCACUUUGCCCCACUCCCCUCUGGAGUAAGUGUCCCUUCUGCCCCUAUGAUGACUGAAAACUUCCUCUCCCAAACAGAUGAGGAACCUCCAUCAUAUGAAAUCCUCUUCCCCUCAUCCAAUGGUUCAAAUCCUCGUCCAAAGUAAUUCAGUGUUGCUGUUGAUCAAAUUGCUAAUAUCAUAUUAACUGUUCUAGCUAGCUAAUAAAACAGUAGUAAUAGUGUGCAGUUUUACAUGUGGCCUAACUACCCAGCCUAUCAAGUCUAUUUGUUGACUUGAUAUGCCAGGUUCUUAUGACAUUAUAAUAUUCUAGGAUGUUUAUGGGACUGUUACCUGAUGAUUUCAAAACUUUGGCUACUUUUCAGGUGCAAUGGAAUUUCAAAUCAUUCAUGUUGGCCUUUGGACAGAUUUAUUAUCUCUACUGCUUUGUAAAAUGCUUUAAAUUUAAAGCUGCACAGUGAUAAGCAUACUCUGGUUUACCUCUAGACACCAUUUUCAUAUAUAACAUAUGUUACCAAAUUAUGUUUACCACAAUGUUCUAUGCAAUGUUUUUUUUGUGUCAAACAACUGUGAUAUCAUACUUGACAAUCCUAUAGUAGCCAUAUUAUAUUGUGUUGUAGGGCAGGUCAGAAUUAUAUGGUGGAAUUUGCUGUUUAACUCUGAGAUUCAGAUUUAGUCAGAUUGCCUGGUUUAUGACUAAGAGCUAAGAACAAUUACUGGGGCUAUCAACAUGAAACAAGAACAGACAUAAAGUGCUAAAUCUACCCUGUCAUAAAUAUUUACAGUAUAGCUUCAGAAAGUGGUGCUACUAUUCAACCCUUAAAGAUGUGUUGUCAGUAGAAAGGACCACAAAGAUUGUGUUCUGCUUACCUUCAUAUACUUUUCGCACAAAGUCAGAAGAAAUUGUGGUUUGGAGCAGAAGCCAGAAAAUAAAAGUGCCCAAACAUUAUUACAGAAUCUUUUGUUUUGGAAAAACAUGGAACUACCGGAUCUCACUUUACUGAUUCAAACAUGUUGGAUUUCUAUGCUUGUUCUGCUCUUGUCUUUUCUGAUUGAUUGAUUGAUGUGUAUAACUCUGAGUACUGCAUAUCAGUAUAUGUUGGCCAAGUUAAACAAGUCUGAAAAAAAAAAAUAAAAUUUGGACGCCACUUACCUCACGGAUGUGGUGGUUGAAUCAAAUACAAUUUAUGAUAUAAAACCAAGCUUAAAGAAUAAAAUUGGGUAGGUUUGUGGACCAGAGCCUGAAUCCUGACAAGUAAUAAAAAGCUUAAAAGCUCAACACUCAUGUCAGCCUUAUAAGUUAGAAAAUGUCCCUUAGAGUUAAACAGAAAGUAUACUGAAAUAUGCCAUACUGAAAGUAUGGCAUCAGCAAAUUUCCAUGUUUUUUUUUUUUUUGUUUUUUUUUUGUUUUUUUACAGAUGUUAUUUUGGAAUAAAAAUAAGUGUAUUGUUGAAUGUAAAACAAAUCAGUGCCUUUGUUACCAUAAAAAUAUAUAUUUUUGUGUACAACAUUAUACAAGAAAACUGGAAUGUUGAGUGUAUAAUUUUUCAGGUUAUUUACUGACUCAAAUGAACACACUAUUUAGAUUUGUUUGAUGUGAACCAUAGGCUGUGAUAUAGCAAUGCACAUAUAGACCCAAACCUGUCAAGUAUUAUAAUAAACAUCCUUGUCAUUUAUUGA